UCUAAUCAAUCUUAGAUGUUCAUUGGGUUUUCUUUCUUUCUUUCUUCAAGGUGUCAAAUGAACAUCUCUAUCUUUUCAUUUCCUUUCUAGUACACAGAAUCUUCCUUUUCCCUCCUUAAAGUGUUGACAUUUUUGCUAAAUUUAGUAAACAAAGAUUUUGUCAGAGGGUUUAGGGUUUAUCAUCAUCCCAUCCCACGGGCUACAGAUAAACACCCCAAAACAAAUCAAGAUUCAUUUCCCAAAGCCAUAUUAUAACUUUCCUAAAAAGGAAACCUUAAAUCUUCUCUCUCACACGAACAGUUGAGUUGGUACUUGGUACAAUUCUCAGAACUUUUCUAAACCGACUUUUAAAGAGAAAACUUAAUUAAGAGUUAACCACAUCCUCAAGUCCAAUAGUUAUCAGAAAUGUACUCCUCUGUUUCUUGAUUUUUCAAGAAAGUCGUGUGUGUUUUUUUUUUCUCUCUCUCUCAUCGGCAGAGAAAUGUCGUCUUGUAUAAGCGGCGGCGCCACCUAUACUUUCGAGCUUAAAACGAUAAAAUCUCCACCGUCGAGAGCCGCCUCCUCACACAACACUCCUUCGCCGUCAUCUACAAUCUCCGAGUCCAACUCGCCUCCGUUCACAAUCUCCACAAGAAGGCCAAGGACUCGACGGAAACGACCAAACCAAACUUACAACGAAGCGGCGGCUCUCCUCUCAACCGCCUACCCAAAAAUCUUCUCCUCCAAGAGAAGAGCUCCGUCAGAUACUCUGUUUCUCGGGAUUAAAUCUCCUCUCAGCGACUACGACGAAGCUUCCCAGUUACUUCUUCCGUUUGAUACAAUAGAGGAGGUGUUCAAUCCCGCAAUACAGACCGAACCGUAUCAGUUCUUGGAGAAGAAAGAGUUCAGUUUCAACUCGGAGGUGACUCGGUUUGAGUCAUUAGACGAUUUCGACGCGGAAUCGAUUAUUCUUGAUGAUGAGGAUAUUGAAGAAGGGAUAGAUAGUUUUAUGGGGAGCAAUGAAUCCAACGCCCGAGAAUGUACGACGAUGCCUUGGUACGGAAGCUCUAUAGGAUUCGACUCCGUCACAAACUUCCCAUUAGAGCUCGGCUUGAGGAGCUCUCUCCGGGAAGACGACGGCGACGAUGACGCGAGCUUGUGUAGAUAUCCCACCGUGGAACUCGAACACAUCUCGCCGAGAAUUCAGACCACCACAACCGCCGCCGCAUUAGCCGAUGACGGAAAAUCCGACGCCGUGGAUAGUAUCAAGAGUAAGAUGAUCGUGACGGUGGCGGUUGAAAAGAAAAAAAAGAAGACGAAGAAGAAGAAAGUGGCUGCGGCGGCCGAGGAAUCAAAGAGCGUCGAAGAUCUGAAGACGGAGAAGAGAGUGAGUACGGUUUUGAAGCUUGACUACGAUAGGGUUUUAGAGGCUUGGUCGGAUAAGGAGUCGCCUUUCUCCGAUGAGAUUCUUGGCUCGCACGCUACCGGUAUAGACAUCCAUGCAAUGUUGGCUGAGAUAGAUUUGUUUGGAGAAAAUGGAAUGAGGGAAUCUAGUGUGUUGAGGUAUAAAGAGAAACGGAUGAAUCGACUCUUCUCCAACUCUAAACAAAUUCGAUAUCAAGUUCGUAAACUCAGUGCCGAUCAACGACCCCGUAUGAAGGGACGAUUUGUGAGAAGGCCCAACGUAAGGAACUUAAGUGGGUUAUGAUUAUGAGAGGAAGAGUAGAAUCUCUUUUGGUUAUUCAUGUUUAAUGAUCAAAGUUGUCUUUUUUUUGAUGAUCAUUAUUCCUUUCCUUGGAGAAUAUCGCAGUUAAACGUAUUGAUGAUAAAGAGGGUUUAUAAAAUUAGUGAGAUGACUCAUUCGGCAUAAUCACAUAUGAUUAACAU